CAACAGCUCCAGUAGCUGCUGCCAAGCUAGAGCAGCCGUCAGCGUCCGUGACAAAGGAAACGCUCGAGUUGCAGUGCGUGCCCCUUGGGAAAGGAAACGAGCGAGGCAUCGUCCCCGACGACGUCGUCCGCGCCGGCCGCCGGCCAGACUCCGUCGUCGCCAUGGGCUCAGCGGCGAGCUCCUGCUGCGGUUCCGAGAAGGUCGAGCAAGGGUGCGUGAGCGCGUCCAUGAGCAGCACGUGGAGGAUCUUCAGCUACAAGGAGCUGCACGCCGCCACCAACGGCUUCAGCGAGGAGAACAAGCUCGGCGAGGGCGGCUUCGGCAGCGUCUACUGGGGCAAGACAGCCGACGGCCUCCAGAUCGCGGUGAAGAAGCUCAAGGCCACCAACAACUCCAAGGCGGAGAUGGAGUUCGCGGUGGAGGUGGAGGUGCUGGCCCGCGUGCGCCACCGGAACCUGCUCGGCCUCCGCGGCUACUGCGCCGGCGCCGACCAGCGCAUGAUCGUCUACGACUACAUGCCCAACCUCAGCCUCCUCUCCCACCUCCACGGCCAGUUCGCCGCCGAGGCCCGCCUCGACUGGGGCCGCCGCAUCGCCGUCGCGCUCGGCUCCGCCGAGGGCCUCGUGCACCUCCACCACGAGGCCGCGCCGCACAUCAUCCACCGGGACAUCAAAGCCAGCAACGUGCUCCUCGACUCCGACUUCGCGCCGCUCGUCGCCGACUUCGGCUUCGCCAAGCUCGUGCCGGAGGGGGUCUCCCACAUGACCACCCGCGUCAAGGGCACCCUCGGCUACCUCGCGCCCGAGUACGCCAUGUGGGGGAAGGUCUCCGGCGCCUGCGACGUCUACAGCUUCGGCAUCCUGCUCCUUGAGCUCAUCUCCGGCCGGAAGCCCAUCGAGCGCCUCCCCUCGGGCGCCAAGCGCACCAUCACCGAGUGGGCGGAGCCGCUCAUCGCGCGCGGCCGCCUCGGGGACCUCGUCGACCCGCGCCUCCGGGGCGCCUUCGACGCCGCGGAGCUCUCGCGCGUCGUAGAGUGCGCCGCGCUCUGCGUGCAGGGCGAGCCCGACCGGCGCCCCGACAUGCGCACCGUCGUCCGCAUCCUGCGCGGGGACAGCGACGCCGUUCCGGCGGGGCCCGGCGGCAAGGGCAACCGGCCGCCGGUGAGGAUCGAGAGCGUCAAGUACGCGGACCGCCUGAUGGAGAUGGACAAGAGCAGCUCGUACUACGGCGAGCCAGAGGACGGCGACGAGGAGGAGGAAGAGGAAGACAUCGACGACGACGAGGUGGAGGAGUACUCGUUGAUCGACGACAAGAGCAGCAUGAACUUCGGGGCGUUCGGCGCCAUGCCGGUGCAGACGAUGCACGACCCGUACGCCAAGAGGUUCUCAUCAGGGAAUGCUAGUGCCGUCAAGAUCUGAUCAUGUACUCUACGAACAUUCUAUUGAUUCUGUUGGGUGUAAACCUGUCCG